UCUCAGCUGCUGUGGAUAUUUUCCGGGAGGAGAAAUCUGAGCCGAUCCCAGAGAGAUGGAGACCUUCGUCUUUUUGUUUUCUUUUUCCGCCCUCGGCAUUCUUUACGCCAUGAACACAACUCCUGGCUUUCAAGAGCCGUAUGUGAUCUUGGCGAUCGGCGCCGCGGUGCUGCUGGGUUUUCUGUUCUACUUCCUCGUCACUCGUGGCAACCCGCCCAAAGACGCCUUAUUCUUCGUGUUCGCCGUGUUCUCCUUCUCGCGUGUCAUCGACCUGGCGAGCGCUCUGGGCCUCGACGGCGUCGUCUCCGGCUUCAUGGAGUUCUACCAGAAGACGGGGGAGCCCUAUCUGGGAACAGCCUACGCCAUCAUGAUGUGUUACUGGGAUGGAGUCGCACACUUCAUCAUGUACCUGGUGAUGAUCAGCAGGAUAAGCGACAGGAAAGCCUACCGUACCCUGGGCUUAUUCUGGGCCGGCUCUCUGUGCGUCAACAUGAGCGUGUUCAUUGACGGCAUCGCGGCAGGUAAAUACGGGUCGGAGAUCCGUCCCGUCUUCUGGCUCAACUUCGUCUUCCUCGUGAUGCCCGUGUGGGCGGCCGUCACGCUGUUCACUCGGCCCAAGGACAGGCCGCUUAUCGGGGGGUACAAUGCCUUUAACGUCCAGACCAUGAAGCUCAUCUGGCGUCCUCUGGAUCUGAUCCUGGUGCUGCUCCUGUUAGCCGCCAUGGCCUUCACUACCCUCAGAGGCUUGGUGGCUCUGGACUCUCCGCUGGAGGCCUGCUCCGUGUACCUGAGGCACUAUGAGCCCUACCUGAAGGAUCCUGUGGGCUUCCCCAGAGUGAUGAUGCUGCACUUGUUCUUCUACGGACUCCCUCUGUUGGGCGCGUUCGUGUACGGCCUCCUGAAGCCCGGAUGCACGUGGAUGUCGGACUGGACCGUGUUCUUAGCCGGCGCCGUGCUCCAGUGCCAGUGGGCCCACGUCGGGGGGGCCCUCCACCCUCGCACCGCGGCCCCGUUCCGGAUCCCGGCCGACGCUCUCCGCUCCGUGCUGGCGGCCAACUUGCUGUCCGCGGUGCUCCCGGUCCUGGUGGCCGCGCGGGUUCACAGCAACCCGUACUUCUUCCUGAAGGUCGCCCCGUUCCCCGGGCAGACGGGUUUGCCCAACAGCGAGGAGAAGGACACCAAGUACAAAGACAAGUGACGAUUCUACGUCGAAU